AAUAAGUUGAAUGUCAUCAUGGUGUAUAGUAAUAUUUUUUUGUUUCAGAAAUCAACAACUGCUCGAACAUACUGGCGCUGCAGUGUCAGAAACAAGACGACCACAUGUCCUGCAUCAGUUAUCCAGUUUGGGAAAACACCGCCACUGUCAUCCACCCCAACAUGGCCAUUUGACAGCAAUCAGAGUGAGAGUGGAGGCGAAGGAAAAAGCUGUGGGUGAUAUCUACAAGUCGAGCGCCAGCAUUGUAGAGGAAGCUCAACAGAAACAUAUCAACCCUGACAAGCCUGGUGGUCGACAGAACCAAGCUACCCUAGUACGGAUGGCCAACCGUACGAGGGAGCUUCUUCGUUCGAAGGAACCUAGGUCCUUGGACUUUGAAUUGGAUGAAAACUUCCUGCCCUGAAGACUUCUUUCGUUGUGACGUGGGAAACAAAGGC